AUGGGGGGCGCCCCGCAGGAGGACGAGGACUGCACCGUCGAGCAGCUGAGUGCACUGAACAAGCGGGUGGCGGCCCUGGACCUACCUCCAUAUGUGGACUUGGCGGUUUGGCAACCUUACCGGAGACUCCGACCUGGUCUUCCAGUACGCAGAGGAGGCUUGGGCGGACAAGGCGCGGACUUACACGGGUCCCAGGCGCAACGACCCAAAGAUGAAGCCGAAGAAGCCGGCGGGGCCCAGAUCAGAAGGACCUGCCUGCACCGCCGCCGCCUGCACCAGAACCUGACCCGGCCAGCUGGAAGUGCUCAUCGACAGGCCCAAGUGGCAGAUCCAAGGCGGUACACCUCCUUCGCCCGCUCCAAGCACUUCACCCUGUACGCGGAUCCUCCCACGGGCACCAGCAAGUGUAUAAAGUGCCGAGUUCACAGCAGAGGCAUCGCGGCGAGCCAAGGCCUGCCUGGGGUGGAGGGCGGGAAUUUUUGA